CGUGAUAUACUAGAUUAAAAUCCAUCGACUCGUACGCAUAAAAUAUGCUAUCUCUCUUGCACAACUUUGCACUUUCUCUUCUACGCAGUUUCAAUUAAGAAAGUCUCAUAACAGAAUACAGAUCCUAAUAGUUACACAUUUUAAUCAGUGAAUAUUUUACCCGAAAUCAUGACACUCGCUCCGACUGGUAAAUUUUUUCCGGUAUUUGGAAAAUACUGUAGCUUGCGUGGCUGGGCAAUUUCAUUCGCCAUUAUUCAAACGGCUUAUGAUGGUUGUCAUGUCGCUCUUGUUGUCAUCCUGCUUACACGAGGGCUAGCUGGCGAAAGUGGAGGGCGUCACGGUCAUAUCGGACCCUGGUUCAUGAUAAUGGUUGUGCUGCCAAUAAUCCUUGUGAAAUUUCUGAUUUUUAAUCUGGCUUACUCUAUUUUCUCGACAAUCACAAAAGAUGAAUCUCGGAAAAGCAUUUUUUCCUCGUUUAAGAAGUUUGUCUGCUUCAAAUGUUUGCUGGUCCCGACCAUGUUGCUGCUUGUCGGAUUGCUUGCCGGAUUUUCGAAACUGCUCGAGCCUGUCGUACUUGGAUACGUGGCCAUUGACGUGGGAAUUUUUGCAAUAUGUGCAAUCAUCGUUGGAUUUUAUAUCAAAUCUGGAAGAAUGAAUCCAAGAGCAGCAGGAUUGUAUGAAGUUGACGAGAAUUGCAAUGUGGAAAUUGAAGCUAAAGUUGAUCCGGUGGAUGUGUAAUAGAUAUUCGGGACAUGCAUGAAAAAUUUUAACGAUGCAUAAAAUUGAUGAGAUAAAUAGGACGUAAAGAAUUUGAAAUAUUUUAGUUAUGAUGUCAAUGAGUAUAUUUUUAAGUGUAAAUUUUAAUGGUUUAAAAGGUCUACAAUAAUACACUCUUAGUAUUGAAUCAUUACCAACCGGAGUACAUAUACGUAUAACUUCAUCGGCAUGGUAGUAACGGGCAUCACCGUAUAGUAAUGAACUAUACUGUUGUGGUAAUCAAAUUAACCACUCAGGAACAAACUAUGACUAAUCUGGGAGGAAGUUAUUCCUAGAUUUAUACCAGCACGGAGUGUAUAUAUGCAUGACUUCAUCACAUUUUUAACAGUGUGUUAUUAGCACUAGUUCUAUUAUGUGUAGAUAAUUUUUAGAUUUUAUUCUGUAAAAUUACAUAUAGGAAUUACAAAUGGUGUGUCAUCAGUCAUCAAUCUACAUUCAUAAAUUAGAUUUUAAGUUACAAGGGUUAAAUUAACCUUCACUAAUUUGUGUCUCAAUUAUGUAAUUAAUUAAAUACGUAUGUAAAUGUAUGCAUGUAACGGGAAAAAAGGGUAAACAGAUCUGUGUUUAACAAGAUGACCAAAAUCUUAGAUACACUCAAUUACGCGACUGAAAGGAACCUAAUUAAUCAUUUGUGUAAUUCCAAACUUUGUGUACAUAUGUUCGCGUAGCAAAUUACAGACAAAAUGAUACAUUUGUAUGUAAGGAGGAAAUUAUUUUUCUUUAAUCAAAAUUUUCAGUAUAUUUACAUGCAGGUGGACAUUUCAUUUACACCGAGAUUUGUGCUAAAUUUAGUCAUAAAUGGAUGCUAUUACCUGAUGUUAUAAACGUUAUAAAUGUUAUAAAUUGAUGUUAUGACAAGUGAAAUAUGAA